GGCGUUUGUCGUGAGCGCCCUAAAGACGCGAUGGAGACAACUGACGAAACCCGCUCUGGAGGACCUACAGAUCAGGCCUACGUCAAUAUUCAACCUAAACAGAAUAAUAUUUCACCUGUGGGGACUGAAGAGGCCAGUUUGAGGACCUACAGGCUGAUUGCGGUCAGCUUUAUGGUGCUGUGUGUUCUGCAAGUCACUCUGAACGUCACCCUGCGGCUGCUGUCCGGCAGUGCAGUGCAGAGGACCAACAGCAGUGGAAAGGAGAGAGAUGAGUUAGAGAACAAAUACAACACAAUUCUGAAUGAAAGGAAUCGGUUACAGGAGGAUUAUAACAACCUGCUCUCCGAAAACCAGCACCUACUCCAGAACCUGACUGAGGCUCAACACAGACUGACAGCACUGACUGCUGUGUGUCGUCCAGGCUGGGUGGUUUUUGGUAGCAGCUGUUAUUUUGUCUCCUCUGAGUUGAAAAGCUGGGACGAGGGCAGACAGGACUGCCUGAAGAAAGGAGCAGACCUGGCCAUCAUUAACAGCAGGACAGAGCAGAACUUCAUUCAUGGACUUAAUUUUUUAUGGAUUGGACUUCAUGAAUCUCACACUGGAGUUUGGACCUGGGUUGAUGGAACACCACUGACAAAUGCAUACUGGCUGCUGGAGGUAAACAGCCCUGCAGGACGUGGACUGUGUGCAUUGACAGAUAACAGCAGCCCUUCAGUCAGCAGCUGGAAGAAAAGGCCGUGUACAGAUAAUAUACGUUAUGUAUGCGAGUUAUGCAUCUGCAGGACUUAAGAUCAGCGUUUACUCUCCUGCAACCUCUCGGCUUCAUCUGUCGUCGUCCCUGCGGUGCUCUGGAUCUCAGUCUACAGGUUAGAAGCUGCUUCAAGCUCAGCAAACACAGGGUUAAUAACCGUCGUGUCAAUUUUAUCACUUUAUUUUCUUUGU